ACAAAAGGUAACACUCAAACAAACCAUCAUCGUAAUACGCAGAUAAGAUGUUCAGAUUUGCCACCCGUGCUGUUCGUGCCAAUGCUUUGCAGGCCACCAGAGCUCCAUUAGCCUCUAGAUUUGCUACUCCAGUUCGUUUUUACGCCGUGGCACCAAUCUCCAAAGAAGAAGUCACCAAGCGUGCUUUUGAAGCUUUGAAGACUGUGGCUGCUUUGCAAGAAUCCAAGUUAUCUGUCGAUGCCUCUUUCCAAAAGGACUUGGGUUUGGACUCCUUGGACACUGUUGAAGCUUUGGUCGCCUUGGAGGAAGAAUUUGACUUGGAAAUCCCUGACAAGAUUUCCGAUGAAAUCAAAACCGUCGGUGAAGCCAUUGAUUACAUUUACCAAGAAGAACAGAAUCUUUGAACUGGUCGUCUCCAUGUAUAUAAACCAAUUCCUGAUAUUUGACUUUAUCUAGUAUAAUAAAUAAAGUUCA